CGCCGGCGCGCCGCCUGACGUCAUGUCCGCCCCUGCGCCUGCUUAGGAAGCCCCGUGGCUGAGCUCGAGCCUCUUUUUCCCCCGGCAGCCCAAGAUGGCGGACAUCCAGACGGAGAGGGCCUAUCAGAAGCAGCCCACCAUCUUCCAGAACAAGAAGCGUGUGCUUCUAGGAGAGACUGCCAAAGAGAAACUACCGCGCUACUACAAGAACAUCGGUCUGGGAUUCAAGACCCCGAGAGAGGCAAUUGAUGGCACGUACAUUGACAAGAAAUGUCCCUUCACUGGCAAUGUCUCCAUCCGUGGGCGUAUUCUUUCUGGUGUGGUCACCAAAAUGAAGAUGCAGCGCACAAUUGUCAUCCGCCGGGACUACCUGCAUUACAUUCGCAAGUACAACCGUUUUGAGAAACGUCACAAGAACAUGUCUGUGCACCUCUCCCCCGCCUUCAGGGACGUCCAGGUUGGCGACAUUGUCACUGUCGGAGAGUGCCGGCCUCUCAGCAAAACUGUUCGGUUCAACGUCCUGAAAGUAACCAAAGCUGCCGGAACCAAGAAGCAGUUCCAGAAGUUCUAAAUGUAAAGCAAAUGUUUCCGGUCAAAUAAACUUUCUAAAAACA